CCGCCGCGUCCGGUUGCCUGGGAGACGCCGCGGCUGGUCGGCUCCGGAGCUGCUGCGCGGGCGGCUGCGUGCGCAGAGCGACCCGCGCCGGAGUUGGUGCUGCUCCGGGCUGCUUGAGGCUGCGUCACGAUUGCCCAGGUCCGCGCCGUGCAACAUUGUACUGCAAGUCAAUCAAUACAGCAAUUUAAGUCACUUCUGUAAUGGAAAAGUAUGAAAAAUUAGCUAAGAUUGGAGAAGGGUCUUACGGGGUUGUUUUCAAAUGCAGAAACAAAACCUCUGGACAAGUGGUAGCUAUUAAAAAAUUUGUGGAAUCUGAAGAUGAUCCUGUUGUUAAGAAAAUAGCACUAAGAGAAAUACGAAUGUUGAAGCAAUUAAAACACCCAAAUCUUGUGAACCUCAUUGAGGUGUUCAGGAGAAAAAGGAAAAUGCAUUUAGUUUUUGAAUACUGUGAUCAUACACUUUUAAAUGAACUGGAAAGAAAUCCAAAUGGAGUUGCUGAUGGUGUGAUCAAAAGUGUAUUAUGGCAAACACUUCAAGCUCUUAAUUUCUGUCAUAAACAUAACUGUAUUCACAGAGAUGUAAAACCUGAAAAUAUUCUGAUAACUAAGCAAGGAAUAAUCAAGAUCUGUGACUUUGGAUUUGCACGAAUUCUGAUUCCAGGGGAUGCCUACACUGAUUAUGUCGCUACAAGAUGGUACCGAGCUCCAGAACUUCUUGUGGGGGAUACUCAGUACGGUUCUUCAGUCGACAUCUGGGCUACUGGUUGCGUUUUUGCAGAGCUCCUGACAGGCCAGCCACUCUGGCCCGGAAAAUCAGAUGUGGAUCAGCUUUACCUGAUAAUCAGAACGCUUGGAAAACUAAUCCCAAGACAUCAAUCUAUCUUUAAAAGUAACCAGUUUUUCCAUGGCAUCAGUAUUCCUGAACCAGAAGACAUGGAGACUCUUGAGGAAAAGUUCUCAGAUGCUCAUCCCGUGGCUUUGCAUUUCAUGAAGGAGUGUCUGAAAAUGAAUCCAGAUGACAGAUUAACCUGUGCCCAGCUCCUGGAGAGCCCCUACUUUGAUUCUUUCCGAGAGGACCAAAUUAAAAGAAAAGCACGUAAUGAAGGAAGAAAUAGAAGACGUCAGCAGAAUCAACUGUUGCCUCUCAUACCAGGAAGCCACAUCUCCCCCAUACCUGACGGAAGAAAACAAGUCCUUCAGUUAAAAUUUGAUCAUCUUCCAAACAUUUAGGAAAAUGUUGUUUCAAGUGGAAAGUGAUUUAAUAUGUACACAUUUUUGUACAAGAGAGAUAGGAAUGCUCAGUGUUUCAAAUGCAAAUGAGCCAUAUGAAAAUUAAGAUGCCUUUCUAGAAUUGUUCUGCUCUGAUCAUUACCAAUUCCUCUGCCCGUGCUUUGUACAUGCCAAUUUUAUCUUUUAGAACAUUUUCUUUAAAUGUUAUAAAGUCUGAAACUGCACAUAUGGAGGAGACAUUUUCAAUUUCAUCAGAGCAGCCCCUCUUGAGGCAAUUUAUGUUGAGAAUUUGUGGGCUUACUGGACUUUGAUUUAUGAAAAAGAUUUACAUAUAUCAUCUGGCUUCAGCUGACCACAUAACGUCUUAAUAACAGAGAGCUUUCUUAGCUGUUGUUUGUGUCAGGAAUGACAUUAUGUUUCUGCGUUUUAACUCAUUCUUAUUAUAACCAGGUCUGCGGAGUAAUGCUGGUACUUAAAACUGUGUUUUUAUACUGGUGUAGCAACGGAACCUUGAAAUGGCUCCCUAGGCUUAUUCCUUGAUUCCAGGGCAGACUCUCGUUUCUCUGUCUCACGAGACAGUGACAAUUCUAUUUUUAAAGCUAGCUAGAGAAAAUUCCAUACAUUUACAUAGCAAAUAGUGGAUGAACUACCAGGAAUUACCAUCCUCGUAACAUGCUAGAAUAAUUGACUGCUGACUCUAAUGCUAUCCUUUGGUACAUCAUGGUUUCUUAACCUUUUCUCCUCUUGGCUAAAUCAUCUCAGUAACUAAACCUAUCCUCCUGGUAUAUUUUCUAAAAGCUCUAUUAUCAACAAUCUCUUCCAAACAUUUUCAUCCAUAGCCUUUAUGAACUCGUGCAGCCCUAAACUUGUACAUCAUAAUCAGGGCAGGCUUGUAAAUGUUUCUGAGAGCAGGAAGCUUUCUUUCAGUUAGCUGCCUUUUGUGUCUCUUACCAAAAAAACAAGCAAAUAAACAAAACACCUCCAUAGGUGAGCCCACUUUACACUGGGAUAUUUUCCUAAGUAAACUUAACCAGCAUAUCUACCUAUAUACGUGUGUGUGUGUACACAUAUAUUUAUAAUUAUAAAUUUUGAAGCACCAUAGUAGACGCCUUUUAUCCUGGACAUCUAAGAGUGUUACAGAAUGUUUAAAGUAUUUUUUGUUUGCUAAUUAAGGAACUCAUUUAAAAUAAUAGCAUGGGGCUGUCCAUCACUGUCUGGCAUAAAGACAAAAUAGUGAUGCUCCUAUCCAUAAAUAUUAAGAUUAUUUCAUUAACUCUUUUCUGCUCUUGGGUUUGAUGUGCUCACCUGAAUGUUGUCAAAUUUUGCAAACACACAUAUUUUCAAAAAUUCCUUGUAUCUGGCAACAGACAGCAAGCAUAAAUUGUUAACACUUUAUGUUCAUCUCUAGAAGUUUAUUGCACUUGCAAACCUGGCUGUGUAAAUUUCCAGAGAAUCUCAUUUAAUUAUUACGGAGUAUCUCUUUAUUAAGGAAUUAUGGCAUCUAAGGAAUAGUUCCUUAAUCACUGGAAGGAUAUUCUAAGUGGGCUUAUUUGGCCAUUUAACAUUUUAAAUAUGACUAUAAGCUUCUAGGGACUUAUUUUCAUCUUACUAUCAAGUGUGUGCCUCUCCAAAAAAUCAAAAAGAAAAAAAAAAAGGAUGUGCCUCUUUAGAUUUGUAUGUUUGUUGCAUUUUUAAUAAGAUGGUACCACAGGUGCAAGAAAAAUGAGAAAUAAAAAAUAAAAGGAAACUUUGCUGAGAGAUUUCUUUUUAGCUUUCAUUGUGUUUUAUCACAUAAGCCUUCUUAUUGCCAAACCACUAAUGCUGCUCCAGCUCUCCUAAGUAUGUAUAAUACAUAUAUAAUACACACACACACACACAUACACACGCAGAAAUUAAGAAGACAGCACAAGACCCCAUUACUCAUUUUGCUUAAUUAUCAUUGUGCCUCACACAACAAUGGGUUUUGGAGCAGGGAUUAAUAGGGUGACUGUCUUCCCUUAUUUUUGCUUACGUUUAAGAAUUAAUUCAAGCUAGCAUUUUGCAAUUGUUUCUCCUUAGAUCUAUCACUUAGGUAUCAUUGGAAAGGAGAAAGCAUCUAAUACUUAGAAAAAUGUUCUGAUGCAAGCAUAUCCCCACGAAGAAAAAUGCGAUGACAUUUGCAUACUUGGCUUUCCCUGGGUGACCCAGGCCACAUGGCACUGCUGCUGCAUGAAUCACCCAGGCGCACAAAUCUCAGACGGCAACUCUUUCCUGUUUCCAGUGCACAUUUCAAACCACUGUACUACACAGAAUCCCUUGCAUUCCUCAGCCACAUGGAAGACAGUUGCACUUCAGCGUCUAGUACCCAAAUUAAGUAAUGACUUUUGUAAAACUUACCUUCAGCAAAUAGCCUUGCCCCAGGCUCUUCACAGGAGCCCACACAAUUCUGUAACCAUUCGUUUCCUUCACAGUCUUGUGUAGUGUGUGGCUUACCUGGGAAUUGUGCCACCCGUGCCAGCUUUCCAGCUUUUUCAUUUAUUUAUAUAAAUGAAUAUUUUGGUGCGGUCCAAAUACUGCGCUGUCAGGGUGAGUGGCGCCACCUGAAUACUCCCUUUUCUCCACCUCAGUGUGACCUCUUCACUCCCUGGUUUUCGCCAAUUUUCCACACAUAGACCUGAGAGUCUCCAAGCAAUUUUGUUUGUUUGUUUGUUUGUUUGUUUGUUUUACUUUACAGGGAAUUAAAAAUGCAGACACACCAUAGGAAAGGACAUUUAAUUAGUACUGUAUCAGCCCCGUAAGCCUAUUUGCUUGGACUCGGUCUUUGGCCCCCAUUUCAGUCCUGCUGAUAUUUGAAUGUAGUCAUUGUUCCAACUUGCCCCAACCACAAAACCCUUUUAGAGGGUCACUUUUUGAAGAUGAUUUUAACUAGACCGAAGCACUGAAAAGUUGUGUUCAAGAGCUUUUGAAUGCUUUUGAUUAGGGAGAUGAUUGAGUAGAGGGUAGAAACAAAGCUCUCAGGCAGGGAUUGAAGAGCUAAGCGAGGAGUAGAUGUUCCCUCUUCUAAAUUAACUGUGUCACUGCUCUUCAGUGCUCCUUCACUUCCCUCAAACUAUAAGAUCUAAGAAAAGUAAUAAGUUAUUUUGGAAAAAAAUAGCAAUUCUGAAAAUGUUUUAUGGUUCUUUAGCUUACUUGCCAUUGAAUUGCAAUUUUUUCAAAAAGAUGGCAAUUUCUUAGUCAUUUGUCACUCCUAAUUAUGUCCAAUCGUGGGUUUAGAAAUGACACAGAGUUCUCCCCCCACCAAAAUUUUAAAACAUACUAUCAGAAGAGGAAUCAUCCUAAAAUUCCACAAAACAGUAAAAUCUUCAAAAAAUUGAGGCGUCAGUGUAAGAUAUUAGCUGAAUCGCAAAUAUAUAGACUUUUUAAAUGCACAUAGUUAAGACAUAAAGAUAAAAUGUCACUCACAAGUUAAAGUAAUGUUCUUGGUAUGUAUGGAUGUGUUUCUCUUUGAUUAAAAUCAUUAACUCAACAACUUCAUUCUUGUUUUAGUAGAUGACGAAAAGUCUUUAAGAUUGGUAGUUUAGAGAAUAAUAGAAAUACUAUUUGGUCUGGAAGUUAGGACUACGGGUUUUAGGCCUGGCUUGCGACUGUAGUUUUGUCAUGACGUGUAACUUUUCUGUGCCUUCAUUUUCUCGUUGUUAGAUAAGAGAGUAACGUGUUUCCCCAAAAAUAAGACCAGGUCUUAUAUUAAGGUUUGCUCCAAAAGACGCAUUCGGGCUUAUGUUCAGGGGAUGUCAUCCUGAAAAAUCAUGAUAGGGCUUAUUUUCCGGUUAGGUCUUAUUUUCGGGGAAACAUGGUAGAUAAGCUAGAUGGUCUAAGGCUCCCCCUUCAGCUCUAAAGUUCUGUGAUUCUCUAUUGCACAGGGUGUUUGUGUCUUGGACAUACCUCUCACUAGAAGAGGCGUUCUGGAGAUUGUUUUCUAUUAAUAAUACCAAGGUAAAUUUUGGUGUUUAUAAUAUAUCCAGGAGCUAGGAGAUUUCUCUCUCUCUCUCUUUCUCUCCUCUCUUGCUUGAUUGCUUUCACAUACACAUAACAAACACAUAACUAGUCCCUGCUAGUUCUAUCAAGUAAAUAGUAGUUUGCAGGCAACCAUGUAACAGAGGUUAAAUUUUAUAAAUUAAAAUUGAUUUUAAAGCUAAUUAUCACCAGAUUUUAAUGUAAAUAAAAUAAGUGUGCUUUUGAAAUUUAGAAUAAUAUGUAAUCAUUCUUUGAUGUUUAAUCUAAUUAGUUUGGAAACGACAGAUAUGCUGUGAAAUAUUAAUUUAAGAUAACCAUUAAGACAAAGAACAUUUAAUAUAUGUCUAACUUCAGUAAAACUUUUAGUAGUUUCAGUAAAUGAUAACUUAAUGGAACUCUGCAAAUAUAUCUAGUUAUACCCAUUUUAUAUGUUGGCAGUAGGGACUCAGGUUCAGUCAACUUUAUAUUUAACCUGUAAUUUAUAUUCAAGCUGAGAAUUGGUUAUCCUACUUAACAGGCAUAUAAAUGACUUGUAUUUAUAAAGCUAAAAAAAAUUUUCUUCUGUUGUGAACACUAGUCACUGACCAUAUCUCUCUCAGUAUUGUUACGUUGAAGAUGUUGUGUGUCUGCUUACUAUUUUAGAAUGUAUAAUGUAGAAGCAGGUCUAUUUUAAAUCACAUGAAAUUAUAGCUAUAUGUUAAUUAGCAUUUGAUAAUUAGCACAAUAGCAAUUUAUGCUACUAGAAACAAUUCACUGCAAAGCCUUUUUAGUUGUAUUAUGUUAACUAUAUAA